GACGUUUCCUCGGUGUCUUCAUACACUACUGGGACUCCGGCUCGGCUUGAGACUCAACGGUCCAAUGCUUUAAGAAAUGUCGAAAAUAGUGAAGCCUCCACGGCCCGCCCGAGUCCUGGCCCAUGUUACGAUUGUACCGGUGCAUCGUCCACCGUUAUAGUAGCCGAGAAACCUCAGAUACAAACGCCUCAAAGGCACAGUACGACUAGCAUGCCUUCUGGAUUCGAGAGAUUGCUCCAUCAUUCACCGGCACCAUCCCCUCCCCCGCGCCGACCAUCAUCGACGUCACGAUAUCAUCUCUACAUUCGACAGCAGCCACUAGCGGCACGAGCUUGCGGCGCUGGUGAUCGAGAUCGACGGCCCAUAGAUCCACCUCCCAUCAUUCAGAUGCUUCUGACAGACUUUGAUCCGAAAUCAUCCGAUGACAACGAUAUUCUUCAAGAUCCCCGCUUCACAGUGGGCUGCUUCCUAAUCCCCGAGCCCGGGGGCUCCCAAUCCGACAUGAAUACCGACAGCGUGAGUCGAGAGGAGCGAUUGGGUGCGAACAGAGCGGAUGAAUUGGCCCAGGGACAGUCAACCCCCUUACUAUCAGGGAAAGCGUUCGUGUCACCGUUCUAUGUUGAUGAAGACCCGGACCCCAACACAGCGCCAGCCCAUCCAUCAUCGGCCUAUUAUGCACCCGAAAGGGGCACAUACCCGACCUCCGCCAACCAUCCGGGUCACCCGAGCAGCCCGCCGAAGCAGCCUGCCACGUUCUACAUCUUCUCCGACCUUUCUGUCCGUACAGCUGGACUGUACCGCCUACAGUUUCGCCUGAUGAACUGGGGUCACGUUGAAGACACGGGCAAGUCGAUGCCGAUUUUGGCUGAGGCGUGGACGGAUCCGUUCCGCGUAUUCCCAGCCAAAGAUUUCCCCGGGAUGAGGGAUUCGUCCCUCCUCACGGAAGGGUUGAAGGAGCUCGGGUUCGUGGAGCUGAAGACCCGUGGCAAGGGGAAGGGGAAAGGUCGAAGGAGGUGAUUCUAGGUUUUGUCUGCGAAGGUUGACCGUUCUGGACUUCGGUUUCUGUUGUUCUCUCAGAUCUUCUCUUCUCAUGGCUAUCCGUUUCUUCUGUUAUCCAUGUUGUGAUGAAUGAUUCCAGUGGCAGUGACAGUACACGCAGAGAU